AUGUCGUCCGAGCUGGAAUCCAAGAUCCUCCAGGCGGCCGUCCGGAACCGCGAGCUCCUCGCCGUCCUCGCCGAGACGGACAACGCCAUCCCGGACCUCACGCAGCAGCGCCGGCUCAUCGCCGACCUGGACCGGCAGCUGCAGCAGUCCGACAGGACGCUCGGCGCGCUCGAGGCGCGGCGCAAGAAGGAGCUCAGGGACCACGAGAAGUACCGCGACAGCGUCAUGCGGCGGUUCGUGCACAAGGCCGUCGGCAAGCGCGACAAGUUCGACGAGCGCGCGGCGCGCGAGGAGCGCGAGUACUUUGACGCGCUGCAGGAGGAGCACCGCGAGAGGGAGCUCAACGGCAACCUGCGGGCGCAGCUCGCGGCGGCGCGCGAGGCCGGCGUGCCGCUCGAGGCGGCGGCGCGGCGCCACGACGAGGCGCAGUGCGACCUCGACACCCUCUACGACUCCAUCUUCGCCGGCCCCACGACGACGGCGACGGCGAGCUACCCGGACGAGGACCGGCUCGAGCGCGAGGCCGACGAGGCCCGCCGCGCGUACCACGACACCCCGCGGCAAAGGCCGAGGCCCGAGCAGCCGCCAUCCGGCUCCUGA